GUAACAUUUCAAGACCGAUAAUCAGGCGUGGCGAAAUUUGAUUGGUGCCUAGAACGUCCAACAUGGUCUAGUUGUAAUUUUGUGAAAUGUCAGUUGAGUUUUCUAUUGAACUCCGUUAUAUCGAUGAUAAGACAUUUUAUUCCGGCGGUGUUUUUUGGUGUAUUACAGCACACUUUAUGGAUUUCAGCUAAUGCCAUUGAGAUAGUGACUUGUUUUCGUUGACUUUUGUUGUGACAUUUGGCGUGACAUAAUGAAAGCAAUCCAUUGUUAUUGUUUAGUUUAAGUCUUGAUUCUAGAAGUGACUGAUUAACUUAAAUAUAUAAUUAUAGUUUUGAAGCAACAUUGAUACCAGGGCGGUGGAAAUGCAUGUUAAGAAGGUUUUCUCAGUUUUUAUUCUGCAUAUUUUUAUAAUUUUAUAUAUUCUACUGCCAUUGUCUGAUGCUGGGAAAGAGAAAUGCAGCACUUGUAAAGAUAUCGUGGAAAACUUCAAAGAGGGCCUCGAGAAAACGAAGAAAUCUAACUUUGGUGGUGGCAAUACAAGAUGGGAAGAAAAAUCCUUGGGCACAUGGGCACAUAGUGAAACACGUCUAGUAGAAAUUUGGGAAAAUCAUUUGUGCAAAUAUGAUGCAAAAGAAUGUCAUUUCAUGGCAGAAAAACAUGAGGAGGAUCUGGAAGAUUUCUGGUUCAAUGUACAUGCCAAGGAUGAACAAGUGGACAUGCAUCAGUGGUUCUGUGUAAAUAGAAUCAAAGUCUGCUGCCCUAAAAACACAUAUGGCCCCAAAUGUUCUCCUUGCAAGGGAGGUCCUGCUAGGCCUUGUGGUGGAAAUGGAAGAUGUGAUGGUGAAGGCACACGGGAAGGCACAGGGAAAUGUGACUGUAACAGUGGUUACCGCGGUGAUAUCUGCGAGGAAUGCACAGAUGGCUUCUUUGAAGAGAGCAAAAAUGACACACACACAGUCUGCACGUCGUGUCAUGAGUCCUGCAAGUCCACAUGCUGGGAAGCGGGGCCUAAGGGGUGCGAUGAGUGCAAAAACGGGUGGAGUAAAUCUGAGGAACACGGCUGCCAAGAUAUAGAUGAAUGUUUGAACUCUCUGUGUGCAGAGAAUCAGUACUGUUCCAAUACUCAGGGGUCCUACAACUGUGCCACUUGUCAUAGGUCUUGUGCCGGCUGUGCAGGGUAUGGUGCACAUAAAUGUGCGGCGUGUAAGGAGGGGUACAGACUAGAGGCCGAACACUGUACAGAUCUAAAUGAGUGUACAGAAGACCCCACUCUUUGUACAGGUGAUAAGCAGACCUGUGUGAAUACAGACGGUAGUUAUGAGUGUAAAUGUGAGGAUGACAUGAUCUACGAUCAAGGAAGCAAACUCUGCAUUCCAAAGCCUAAGGAUGAAGAGCAGAAUGGCGAACAUGAGGAGACAAAGGAUGAAUUAUGAUGACACUGUUGUCUAGCAACAAAACAGCCUGCUUUCAUUUUGAAUUGAAUGAUCACUUGUUUUUUAUUAGCUCGGCUGUUUUCGGAGAAAACCCGAGGUAUUUUCAUAGCCAGCUCGUCGUGUCGUGUUGUCUGCCUGCGUUGUGCUAAAACUUUGACAAAGUGCUUCCACCUACAGCUUUGAAACUUCAUAUGUAGAUGCACCUUGAUGAGUUCUACACGCCACACCCAUUUUUGGGUCACUAGGUCAAAGGUCAAGGUCACUGUGACCUCUAAAAAAAAUUCUGACAAGCUUUCUUUUAUUAAAAAAUGUACCCACAGCCGAGCGUUGGCACCCGUUUGUUUGUUUAAAGUUAUUAUGCCCCACUUCCAAGAAGAGGGGGUAUAUUGUUUUGCUCAUGUCGGUAGGUCGGUCCAUCCGUCCGUCCACAAGAUGGUUUCCGGAUGAUAACUCUAGAACACUUAGGCCUAGGAUCAUGAAACUUCAUAGGUACAUUGAUCAUCACUGGCAGAUGACCCCUAUUGAUUUUCAGGUCACUAGGUCAAAGGUCAAGGUCACAGUGACUCAAAAUAAUAAAAUGGUUUCCGGAUGAUAACUCAAGAAUGCUUAGGCCUAGGAUCAUGAAACUUCAUAGGUACAUUGAUCAUGACUGGCAGAUGACCCCUAUUGAUUUUCAGGUCACUAGGUCAAAGGUCAAGGUCACAGUGACUCGAAAUAGUAAAAUGGUUUCCGGAUGAUAACUCAAAAAUGCUUACGCCUAGGAUCAUAAAACUGCAUAGGUACAUUGAUCAUGACUGGCAGAUGACCCCUAUUGAUUUUCAGGUCACUAGGUCAAAGGUCAAGGUCACAAUGAUUCAUUAUUUGUGUUUGUCCAAAACUUUAACCUUGGUUAAAGUUUUGCAAUAUUUAAUAUGGUUUCCGUAUGAUAACUCAAGAAUGCUUACGCUCAUGAAACUUCAUAGGUACAUUGAUCAUGACUGGCAGAUGACCCCUAUUGAUUUUCAGGUCACUAGGUCAAAGGUCAAGGUCACAGUGACUCAAAACAGUAAAAUGGUUUCCGGAUGAUAACUCAAGAAUGCUUACGCUCAUGAAACUUCAUAGGUACAUUGAUCAUGACUGGCAGAUGACCCCUAUUGAUUUUCAGGUCACUAUGUCAAAGGUUAAGGUCACAGUGACUCGAAACAGUAAAAUGGUUUCCUGAUGAUAACUUAAGAAUAAUAAGGCCUAGGAUCAUGAAACUUCAUAGGUACAUUGAUCAUGACUGGCAGAUGACCCCUAUUGAUUUUCAGGUCACUAGGUCAAAGGUCAAGGUCACAGUGACAAAAAACGUAUUCACACAAUGGCUGCCACUACAACUGACAGCCCAUAUGGGGGCAUGCAUGUUUUACAAACAGCCCUUGUUAGUUUAUUGAUUGAUUGGUAAUUUAUUUUACGUCAGUUUUACGAGUUAAUUACAAUCUGUUUAGAAUGUGAAUGUAAGUAUGUGUGUUGACUAAUUUCAUUUAAUGUCACAAACUGUGUACCAUACAGCAUUUUUUGACAGUCAUGUAUGGGUUAUCAGUUUUUGUUCACAGUCAAAACUGAGAACAGCGGUCAGUCAAGGGAAAUGGCCAAAGUGACUGUUGUUGCUAGAUGACUGCUUUUUAGAUGGUUGGUCAGUUGGUAGUUAUGCUACGUCGUUACCCCACUUAGCCGUUUGCACACAGUCUAAAACAAAAAGUCAAUGCCGAUAACUAAGCAUAAUAACAUAAAUAACUUCUAUUGAAUAAUACAGAUUAAUAUCUUAUAAAUUGAUUCAAUUUCAUACCCAUUUUUAAACUAAAUCUAUGACGUUAUUAAAGAUAGUAUUGUUGUUAUUAAACUCAAGCAUCUUGUUCAUUCAGUAAAUCUGACAGUUCGUGUUACAUUCAUUGGGAGAUAUUUUACAUAAAGGUUGUCGUGUGUCAUUGAUGUCCAAACAAGUAUUAAAAGUGGAUUGGCUGUCAUAAUCAAAAGUACGGUAUAACUGUAUCUUUCUCAUUCAAAGAAAUAGACGCAAAAAUCUUGUAAAAAUGUGUUAAUAUGCAAAAAUCACACAAACAGCACUUUCAUUCAUACUUAAAACAAUCAAUUAUUAAUUACAUAUUUUUUGUAACUUGAAACAAUUCUGUUUCAUAAAUUCCUAAAGUUUGUUUUUAAAUUGCAAUUCAAUGUCUGUAUUGCCUUGUUAGACGAUCAUUAAUCCUUUUAUUGCCUUCUUAUAACCACACUUGCCAGCUUAGUGUUGUUUUAAACACCUUAUCGGUUCGACUUUGUCAGGCACUCAUGCUUUGUCAUUUUGACUGCAGCCCAUAAUUGCUACAAAUACAAAUUGUUAUUGUUACUUGCAUCUGUUUCAUGCAAUCAAAAUUUAACUUCAAUUGUGACUGUUGUUCUCAGUUCAAAAAUGACUUUCAAAGUAAAAUAUACUGGCUGUUGGCGGUUUCGGACUGUAGACCAUUAUUCUCAAGUGUAAUAGAGAGUGAUUUUCAUUGGAGGGAAUCCAGACAUACCCUUGUCUGCAAUUGACCGUUGUUCUCAGUUGACCGCUAGGUCAGUUAUGACUGUUUAUUAAAUGUAAUGCUGGUUGUUCAAGUUUAUAUGAAGAAAAGGGUCAUUAAUGAGGUCAUUUUACAUGUAUCCUAAGGGAAAUUGCUUUCUAUCUGUCAGGCAUUGUUUGAAAUAAAUGAUUGUUUUCUAUGGAUGUAUUGUGUUUUUGGAGUUCAUUUAGCGCACUAUCUAGUGUAAGUCUAGAGUGUAGAUCAAGAUUGAAACAAGCACAGUGAUGUUGAGAUUGUCCUCUACUGAUUGGAAUAAAUGUUAACAUGUGUUUAUUGUUUGAUUUAAACUGUUACAUGAAUAUGUUUGUAGCUAUUGGAUUACAUAAAUUAUUAAAAUAUUUAUAA